AGGAACCCAUGCCCAGUUUCUCACUAACUACCCAGAUUAUAAUAUCAACCCUGUAUACAGUAUGCGCCUUUUUCUACUACCCAGCUACCACUUCUUGUAGACAUUUCUAUUUCAUCAACGUCCACUUUCUUGUUUCUUAGUCUUAGACUGAAAGAAUUCUUGUUUAGUUACUACACGAGAUGGCGAAACGGUGACGGAAGAUGCAUUACGCAUGGCGUCAUGAUCAGUUUCAGUUUCAAACUCAUCCUCAUGUAUGUUUCUUUAGGUCCACCCUAGCUUGAAUACGGAAAAAAUCGUUAUUUUUCUCGUGCAUGCAAACGGACAGUCAUUGGAAUUGUAAUUGUUUGAAAGCAGAACAACGAGUUGGUGAUGCUUUUACUUUUUGUUCCAUCAGCGCUCCUCACAACAAGCCUGCUACAGUGUCCUGAGGCACGACCGGCGAAUUGUCUCCUUUGCUCACAGUUUUACUAGAGGCUGGACGCCACUACAAGUACGUCGUGAUCGUGUAGAAGGCCUUCAUCACGAGGAAGAAGGCUGUGCCUGUGCCCCGUGUCCUCCGCGAAGCAGGAUGGAUUCUCCCGGCAGACCGGAGCCGAUGAUGUUCGACGCGGGUGUCGGCCGAGACACUAGGCGAGCGGACGGCCUCGAGCUUGGCACGGUCCCCCGAAGGGUCGAUGAUGUGUGGGUGCUAGAUGAGGCAGAGCACAUGCUGGUCGAUACCACGAACUACGUAUUGGCGAUGAGCAGCGACACGCUCGCCUCCCUGUUUGACAUGAGCCCCUUCCGCACCGCGCGGCUGUACUCGAUCCUGCACGCAGGCGGCCUGCGCAAAAACACCAGUCUAAGUCCCUGGGAGUUCUCGACCCUGCUGAAACGGGUGGGCCUCGUCACCGAGCAACGGCUGGAGGGCGUGCAGAUGCACUGUCCGGACUCGCGGGACCCAGACCGCUGGCUGUUCUACCACUGGUGCCACUUGCGGAGAGAACAGAACAUGCUGCGGAUUCCGAAUUACCCCCGGCCCACGCUGCCAGAGACGGUCUACCUGGCGCGGGACGUGCUGAAGCCAAUCAAUCCUAACUUCGAAGGAGAUGAAGCUGCCGACCGGGGCCUUCCGGGCCUCUCGGAGGGCACGGACCUCGAGCGCGCGCGGGAUUUCUAUUGGCAGAUCAGCAGCCGCACCGGUCUGGAGCGCAGCCAGCUGGUACGGAGCGUAUACGCUAUUUGGACGGCCUUUGCCGAGCCAUUCCUGGAUCGGCGGGAGCAACAGAUGGUAAUGUUGCCGCAGUACCGGCUCGCGGACGUCUUGCGGUACGCGUCCCUCCGUGCGUUGCUGAUGACCGACGACGCGGCAAUCGACGAGGAAGCAUCUGCCGGGCUCGCUCCGGGCGAAGACAAUGGGGUUUCCAGCGGAUUUCUGGUCAUCGACUACACUGCAGACAUGGUGUACGAGCGGCGCAUCGUUGCGGUGCCGCCGCGAGGAAGCCGCGCCACGAAGGUGCGGCGCACAAACUCGGUCGGCCACUUAGAGACGCAGGUGCAGCACUACGAGAUCCGGGAUUUUUUCCUCUCCCCCCAGCACAUGCCAUCGGACUCGCCGAUGAAGAUGCGAUGGAUCGCGUUCACCAUGGGACGCGGCAAACAGGGCAAGAGCACGGUUUUGCGCCUCGCCGUAAAGUACCGGAUCCAUCCCCUAGCCGUCGAAGACGCCUUGUCCCUGAGCGAGCAGGCGCCGUCGGGCCGCAUAACUCGGUACGAUAAUCGUCUUUCCGACCUGAUCCGCCUGACAGCGACCAAAAGCCUCGACGAGAGGGCUGCCGGGCGCAGCCCCGUGUCUGGCGGGGGGUCGGUGGGAUUCUGGGCUCCGGACGACCAAAGAAAUUUGGAUAGUUUUUCGAUGGCGAUGCCGACGAGAGCCAGUGCAAAGAGUGCGAACGCGUACUCUCUGGCACGCCAGGUGAAGAAGAGUGGGCGGCUCGUUGAGGGUGCGCAGCUCCAGAAUAAGUCGAUCCUUUCGACAUCGACGAGCGCGCUGGACGCAGAGCAGGGGGACGAAGAGGACGAGGACGCGGCGGCGCGCGCCAAGGCGAAACGCCACGAGGACCAAUCGGUUGGGGAGCACUGGUUCGUGUCGGUGCCGCUGUUUCGCCUGAGCCAGGACUCCCGACAGCGGAUGCACUCGGCCUUGGCCACCUUGGAACGGCUACACGGCAACUCCAAAAACCACAAGAGUGCCAUCGACCAGCACCGCGGCGCCAUGGCCCACACCGCGGCGAAGGAAAAGGCGGGGCGGGGCAGCUUCAAGGCUGCCGCAGAGGCCGGCAGGCAGCGCUUAGAGGCGGCCAAGUCUGUAUUCGGGGGGAGCAAGGCCAGAAAGCGGCACACCCGGCACAUCGACACCGGUAUACAACCGAACCUGGGAAUUGAGGUCGAGUCCUCUAAGCUUGGGCUUAUCGUGGCCGUACGGCCAAUAUGAGAGUGUACAACGCCGCUUCCAUCUCAUCUGUCAUGUAUGUAACAUACCAAGUCAGCCGUUUGCCCCCUAUUGCAUUGGCACUGCUUGUUGCAUGACAGAAUUGAUUCGCAACAGGAAAAAUGGAAUCUUGUACUUAUGAGUGUGUCGUGCAAAAGGAGCUGCAUCUUCACCACCACUACUUGGGUUGCUGUUGAUGCCGUCCAAAUGAGGGGGAGGGGGAGUUGUGCACUCGCAUACCGAACGGGCGACCUUGUCAUAUCUAUCGCGACCCCCUGGCACCAGACGCGGGUCAAUAUGACCGACGAAGCAGUCAAAAAAGCCACAGAGGAAGCCAAGGAGGCCGCAGCAGAAGAGGCAAGAGAACUGGAGCAGGAAGCCCAGAAAAAUGCCUCCGAAGGUACAAAGCGCUGUAAACCUAACUACAAAAGCGAUCAAGAUCAUCUGAUUUUACGAACCUGCCAUGAAAAUGAGAAUCUGUCGACGGAGAGCGAUGCCGUAGGAACAUCCUCCCGCGUAUUCUCGAGCAAUUGAUCCUAUGUGUGUUGUACUCAUUCGAUGGGCCGGAAAAUACUCAUAACAGAGCGAAGCCCAAGCCUUUCAGUACCUUCCUCGUGUGUCUAAGUAUUGCUUCUGCACGCCCGACGUCCGACUUACUAGCUCUGCUUGCGAGUAGUGCGAGAUUUCUCCAGCAGCAGUGUGGCUGUUACUCGGCUCUACCAGCAGCAUGUUUCAUUGCUAUUGCCCUCCUGCUGUCAUCUGAGCAUAUCCGGCUCAGGAUCAGUUUCAGAUACCACUUAUUUAUUUUUCACUGAAAUCUUUACUUCAGGUUCAGCCAGCGCCAAGGACACGGCCAAAACGGAGAGCGGUUCAGGAAGCUCAAUACGACAUGUGAAAAAGAAGAGAGGAGCAGAAAGUAAGAUGUCCCAGGCAGAGCUGGCGGAGAUGUUGCUGGAUCUGGCCGGGGAUCUUUCAGAGGAUGACUUCACGUCUAGCGACGAGGAAAAUGACGCAACACGGGGAAAUGAGUCAGAGGUACAGGUCGCACUCACGGGGGCCAAGAAAACACGCGCAGCUCAAAAGAACACGCGGGUGGCCGGACUCCAGACCACGGAAGAGGAGGACGAUGAAAGAGAAAGGCGCAGCACUCUCGUCACGGGCUCCGGGGGCCCGGGCACCAGCGUCACCGCGGCGAGCAGGGCGGCCGACCUCGUCGACGAAGAAGACGCGGAGGACAUCGAGAGAGCGAAAGCGGCUAUGGCCGCCGCCUUUGCCACCUCGGGCCCCUGUGCGGAAACGACUGACAGAAUUCUGUACGGGAGCCCCGUAGCCAAUGAACGGAACGAAGCGCGCCGUAAAAUGGCGGCGGCCGACCGGAAGGCAAGCGCGGAAGCGCAGCUACUGGAAGACAACGAAAGCGAUGCCGAAAGACGGACCACAGAGCGAAAAGCUGGCGGGGCGAGCGCGAGCCACAAACCGAAAAUCAUUAACGCGCUCAAGAGAGUGAAAAAAGCUCUAAUCAAAGACUACAGCGUCAUUCGCCAUGGUGACGCGAUCUGGUUACUCUAUUGCAUCCUAGACAGCUGCUACGAAACCGAGAAGUCAAAACUCCCUCUACCAGCAUGCCCUAACUAGUAGUAAACCAGUGACCAGCUCCUUCACAAGCUGCUGUAUCAUCUGGACCAUAAAGAAACAAAGAAAUAUGAUCCUCACAGGAGAGAAACGUACAACAACCUACUGACUAGCGUGGUCUUGGUAUGACAUAGCCUCCACGAGGUUGGUUGCUCGGUUGGUUCAACUUGGGACUUUAUGACUUUUGGUUUUUAUAGCUGCCUCACCGAGUGUCUCCCGAUCGCCCACGCGUUCGAACUGCAGCUGGCCACGACAUCGUCGCGACUGCACCAGCACGAACACGCCCUCCCGGAACAGGAAGUGAAGAACCUGUAUUUGAUAGAAAGGCAUCUGGACUGGUAUCCUCUGCAAAAAUCACCUGCGUGCCCCACCAGUUUGUGUCCGCGAGUCAUAAGAGAGAACCGCGCAUCUGUAUCAAACAACCGAAAAACAAAAGAAAGAAAAACGUUACAGCACGGGUUUGGAUUUGACAUGAAGAUUUUCUUCCUCAAAAACUAUCCAGUUCAUCUUUGUUUCGCAAUGCAACAAGACAUAUAUCCAUAACCAUAUCGUGCAUGAGUAUGACUAUGACAUAUGGGUAUGAUGUUGAUAGAUGGGGAUCGUUGUGUGGGCCGCGUGGAAGUUUUUGAAGGUGAUACCUCGCUGGAGAUGGAGCUGAAGCCAUUCGAGCGGGUGCUGAAGUCCCUGGUUGAGAACUUUGAGGACCGAAUACCCGCCGAGGUGCGCGGCUACCUAGAGGACGUGCAGGACAGUCUGCUGGAGAUGAUGGACAAGUUGUCGUGCUACCAGCGGUAUCAAAUGCAAAUAUGUCCGGGUCUGAGAAAAUGUUGUGAACUUGUGAUGCACAUUUCAGAUGACACAAAAAGUAGUUCUCUUGCUUGGGCGGGAAAAGUUGCUCUUCAUCUUGUUGUCAUCAGAGGAACGCUGCAUUUGUAGUCAACAUCCAGGCGGAUUAGGUAUUAAGUAUUGAGAUUGAAUAGAAACAGUCUCACCACCUGUGAUGCUAGGGGCUUGCAUGGCAGAUCUACUUCCUGGCCACGCAGACACUGCAUCAUAGACCUCAGCAAACUUCCAGAGGACCCAGACAUAUGAUUUGCGUAGCAUAAGCGAGAGUGCGAGUCGCUGAAGGCGGAGCGGCAGAGCUACGUGGACAGCAGUUUGAACCGGUUGCUCACAGUGUUGUAUUGAGAGGAAAAAUCCCCCCUCCCCAUAUCGAAAAGGUAUGUUUCCGAAAAAGAAAAUUUGUCUUGCUGAUUUGAGACCCCAAAUCAAGUCUGUCUUGCAAGAAGACAACGCCGCAGGCCCUGCCGCACUAUGCAGGCGGUUUGCCAUGCUGUUGGGCCUACAGCAUAGACGUUUCUCAUGCUAAGCGCCUAGGCCAAAAGCUCUCUACUCAGGCUCGGCAGGAGCCUGCAGCCCUCGCCAGCAAGACAGAUCUGAUUUGAGUACGCAAAUCCAGCAUCAGAAACUUCGUUUUGAUAUGGGGAGGGGGGAUUUUUCCUUUUGAUAUGUUGACCAUCAUCACCGCUGCGGCGCUGCCCGCGACCAUGAUCUCCGGGUAUGCAGGCAUGAACUUCGAGACCGCGGACGAGGAGAACCCCGGCCAGGCCGACCCGACCGAUCCGUGGCUCACGUGGGAGUACGGUUGGGAGUCCUACUUCAUCAUCACCGGCUCGUUCACCCUACUAUUCCUCUACUACAUCAUUGUGGCAGCGAGAGGACUGCUAUAGGAGAUGGAAAGUCAUCAUGAUGUUCAUGUUGAUCACAUCAGGUUCAGUGUGUGCUUUUCGAUUUCGAUUUCGUCUAGACAAUAAGUUUAGUAGUUACUCGUUCCAGGUUUAGUUUGUCCUCGUUCUAGUACAAUACAUAGUACCAUUGCGAUUGGAUGCACUUAUUGAGAGCGACAGCGAUCUUCCCCUUCCAGCAGAUUGUUCGCUACGAAAAUGCUUAGUCCCACGCAGGGCUCCUUGGACCGAUUGCUUGGCCAACGGCGUAAGACAUGGUAAGUACCUUCCGAAGCGAAGAUAAAACACAACCUAUGAUGGUGAAUUUCCGG